AUGAGUGAGGACCAGACCGAGCGGGAAGUCAACGAGGCCAAUGUUGCCCUGAUCGACACUGCGUGCCGGCUGCAGGUGUGGAAGAUCCCGAUAUACUUGGGCGGGCAGCCUGGCGAGAUACAUUCAGCAGAGAUGCCCUCCGGCACGACACCUUUGCUGCUAUCCCUGGCUGCUUUGCGGGCCCUGGACGCGGUGCUUCGCAUCCGGGAAGGCAUCGUGGAAAUGAACAGCCUCAGCCUAGAGGUGCCCAUGGUCACGACCAGGACGGGGCAUCUAGCAGUUCGGGUCGACAAGAAGCCAGCGCUCACGUCCGACCCCGGCGACCUCUUGGUGUACUACCAGUUCGAGGCGGAGCUCCCGCUCUUUUGCUUCCAAGGCAAGGCCGGGAAGACCGAGGAUGAGAGCAGCCUGGUGCAACGAGCCAGGCCCAGCCUUCAGUUGAGAGGGGUUCGCAAGCAGGACGCGGUCGGGACGAUGACCGAGCGCAGGCGGGAAGAGCUGAGGCGAGCCGAGGCGAAGCAGCUGAGGAUGGACGAGUAUAUGUGGACGGCCCUCCGGCGCAGCUUCACCAUGGCCGAGCAGUUCGCAACUGGGAAUUUUCAGCAGACGGUGCUCUUUGAACCGUGGGGCCACGGCAGCGGCAUCACGAAGUUUGGGUCCCAGCGGCACGCUUGGACCAACAGCCAGCCGAUGACACGGCAUCGAUCUCUUUGGCCGGGCCGGCCAACGGCAUGCGAGAAGAGUUCUGGAGGAGCACCGGCCAUUCCUGUUGAUCUUCUCGACGGCCAAGGCGGGCAGAGCGCGCGUCGACAACCAGAGCGGGCCAGCGAGGGCGAGCAUGCUGAGGUGAAGGCCGGGGGAAAACACGUUGAGAGCGACCUCUGUGCCUAUGGCGAGACCGAGCCCGAGACAGGCAAGCCGGUACCACGGAAACUCGGAUGGGUCUCGAACUCAGAGGCGUUGCUCAACCACCUUGGCAAGCGCUGUGUCUGUCCCUUUGGGCGGCACGCCUCACCCGCAGCCAGGGAGACCUACCGGGAGUACCCGACGGAGCUUUGCAAUGCCAUUUGCCAGGGCGUCCUCCAAACCAUGGUUCUCGACUACUCCCUCGCCUUUGCUGCCGGUGACCUUAGCUACUACGAGCACGCAUACCCGGCCGAGGGCGAGAACAGCGAGGACGAGGAGAGUGAUGGAGAAGUGCCCGAGGAGCCUGCCAAUGAUGACUGGAGGCUCGAAGGAGAGGACCGGAUUGUUCGAGUGCACCGGUUUCCUCGCAGAUUGCUGUUCAUACCUUAUUCGUCGACCGCCCCACCUUGCGAGUUCACACGAAUACUCCCGGGACGGCGCACAAGGAUGACGCUGCAAGAUGGAACCCGGAGAGAGCAUGAAGACGACUGGUGGGACGGGCGAAAAGUUUCAAUGGACUUCCUCUGGACAGGCGAGACCGAGUUCAAGUUAGGGCCUGUGGCCCCCAGCCACGGCCGAGAGCAACCUGCAGAAUCACAGCCAGAAGUCCAACACCAAGGGGGUCCUACGCCCACGGGCGCCUUCGAUGAAUCAGCUGCGCCUUAUGAUUCGGCUUUGCCCUGGGAAGAGGACGAAGCACAGCUAGAGGAACACGAGGCCGGUGCCCAGCCAGACCAAGAGCAACCGGCAGAAUCACGGCCAGAAGUCCAACACCAAGGGGGUCCUGAUAUUUUAGAUCAGCGUGUUCUACGUCGCAGAGGUCACCGCACGCGGCAGUUACAGCGUGGCUUCUGGGUCGAGACCGACGACGAGGCGGUGAUCUCCCUCUUGAACGCCACUCUUGAGUAUGUGCGGCAGGAGGGGGGACCUUUGUGGAACAGGAUAGAUGACAAGAGCGACCUGGGAAAGAGCUGGGUUGCACUGGAGUCGGCCCAGGCAGACGUCAAGUUGAUCCUGUGUUCCGCCUCGGCAAGGCGUAUGAAGAAGCCCCAGCCGCAUUUCGGACCAGGCGAGGUGCCACUGCGAAAGUCCUACCUCUUGCUCGAGAACGAGACGGCCCUCACAACGGACUUCGAAGCCUGGAGCAGCUUAGCACCGGCGGCUCAGGUGCGACCUUUGGUGGCCAAGGACCGUCGGCUUUACGUGGCGGUGUAUGGCAGCGAGCUGGGCGAGCACCAAGAGCCAGAGCAGGGCGACCAAUGGCAGGCGAAGGAAGAGACCCGAGAGCGGCAAUGGAACGCGCUCCCUCGAGAGCUGAAGCUGGCAAUCCGCCGCAUCCACGUGAACCUUGGGCAUGCCAACACCAAGGCCAUGCUACGUUCCUUGAGGAUAGCCCGGGCCAGCGAGAGUGCGAUAAAAGCGUGUAGGCUCUUUCGUUGCAAGGAGUGUCCGCGGAUGCACGAGCUGAGGGAGCCGCGACCGAGCAAAUUGCCGGUCAUCGACGAAUUUAACAUUCAACUGGGGUUAGACAUUAUCACCGAAAAAGAUUCGGCUGGCCAGAGCUGGUCGUGGUUGAAUACCCUUUGCCAAGGCACGACUUUCCAAGUGUGCGCCCUGCUCGGUGAAACGGUCUACAAUCCUACCGGCAAGGCUGUUAUACAAGCCCUUUCGAGCCAUUGGUUGAGCUGGGCGGGCUUUCCUGAACGGGGCUUUGUGACCGACCGUGCCCGCUACUUCUUGUCAGAGCUCGCCGACCUCAUCAGCGACCACGGCUGCACCUUUGACUCGGCAGCCAAGGCUUCGCCCUGGCAAAUAGGCCAGGUCGAGAGACAUGGCGGGUUGUGGAAAGAGUCUUUUCGCAGGCUGGCGUGGAGCCAGCAGGUGAGCGGGCUGGAGGAGGUCACCAUGGCGACGGCAGCCGUCACACAGGCGAAGAACAGCACCUCCAGAAAAGGAGGAUUCGCCCCAGUACAAUGGGUCCUGGGCAGGGACAUCCGGCUGCCCGCGGCUUUGUGCGAUGACGCAGAGAUUGCCCGCAUCGGUGCCCAGGCCCUGGCGGCGACUCCGACUACGAGCUUCCACCGCCGGAACCAGUUGAGGAUGGCGGCCCGGGAAGCCUUUGCCAAGGCCAGUAACUCAGACGCACUUCGCCGAGCCGAGCUUCGGCAGGUCGAAGCGUGGACCACGAUUGGCACCGAGCUGGACCUGAUGGACACGACCCCGGUGAGGAGCCGAAUGGAGACAAUGCCCAAGGAGACGACGACUUACAACGAGCUCAAGAACAACUACGGCGAGCCCGUGAGGCGUUCUUCUGAAUUUUUCCGGAGCCGGGAACAGGCCCGGCGAGAGGCAAGAGAGGCAGGGUCAUCAGCGCCAGCUCGGGAAGCAAUUGCCUCAGAAAUUCCCGUGCCAGCCGAUGACGACGGCGACCUCGAUAUGCCUAUGGCUUCCGACCUCUACGAGCCGAGCUAUGAGCCGAGCCCGGACUUUGACCCCGAGCUUCAUGAUUACCACUCGUUGCCCCAGCUAAGGAACCUCCCCGCGAUCCUGGAGGGCGACGGCAACGAGGCAGCCGAGCGGGAAGCAAAGCGGCAGCGGGUCACCAAGGAGCCGGGCGAUGUGGCAAUGUAUGCCACUGAGAAGGUAGACGCAACCCUCGCCGCAGAGUCCGGAAGCUAUGUUCGGCAAAAGGCCCGGGAACAAUAUUUCAACAAGGAGGCGGCUUUUCUGGCAAGCGGCAUCGACCUCCACACCUUUCUCUUCGGCGUGUCCCGCAACUACUUCAGUGAGAGGUACAUGGCGCUGGCAGCCACAAGCGGCCAGGGGGACAGCAACGUGAAGAAGAAAGGCAGGAAGGAGAUAAAGUUGCCCGAGCUUUCUGCCGACCUCCAGAAGCAGUUCACCGAGCCCGGCGGUUCCGAUGGAAAAGAAUGGGACGCGUGGAAGUCCAAGGGUGCCUGUGAGGUGCUCGAUUUGGCGGCAAGCCGGAAGAUAAGGCAGCAAAAGCCAGAGCUGAUUGUGCCGACGAGGUGGGUGAGAACCAACAAGAACGACGGCCUCGUCGGGAAGCCUUUCUUGGCAAAGUCGCGGUUGGUGGUGCAGGGCUUCAAGGAUAAGAGUUUGGGGCAGUACCGCCGCGACGCUCCAACAGCCAGCGCGAUAGCCGAGAAUGUUUGCCUGUCGGUGUGCGCCCACCUGAAGUUCUUGCUGCUAUCCAAGGACAUUAAGAAUGCCUACUUCAGCGGCAAGAGCGUGGGCAGGGAGAUCUACCUGGACCAGCCGAAAGGAGGCCUGCCCGGACUUCAGGCGGGGCAGCUUCUUAAAGCAAACAAGGCUAUAUAUGGUUUUGCAGAGGCGGCAAGACUGUUCUGGCUGGCUCUGAAGGAGCACCUGGAGAGCGAUGGGUGGCAGGAGUCACGGCUCGAACCUGCCCUCUUCUACUUACGACGGCGGCAAAAGCUGGUCGGUAUCCUCGUGACCCACGUGGACGAUAUCGAGGGCGGGGUGCACAAAGGCUACCUAGACAAGGCCUUCUAUAACAGCUCUCGGGCCCUAGACUUUGCCACCAACCACUUCAAGGACUUCGUUUUCAGAGGGCACGAAAUUCGCCAAGGAGGCGAGGGGCACAUAGAUGUAACGAUGAAGAACUAUGCCCUCUCCAUGAAGACCGUGGCCAUCUCAAUGAACCGGCGGCGCGAGCUUGAAGAUGAACUCACCAAGGAAGAGCUGGAGACCUACCAGAGUUCAGCAGGAGAGCUGGGAUGGAUAACCCGGCAGCUCAGGUGCGACUUGGCUUUUGAGAACGGAAUUGCCCAACGGGCGAAAGGUGAAGCCUGUGUCGCAGACUUGGUGAAGCUGAAGCAGUACAUUGGUUUGGCCCGCCGCGGGGUCGAUUUCAGGAUGAGGUUUUGGAGCGACAUGGAUUUAACCCACGCCACCAUUGUGCACCUGGCGGACAGCGGCCACGCCAACGGGACCCCGGAGCACAACGAUAUACUACGUUACCGCAGUGUUGGUGGUUACUUCAUCCUGGCCGCGAACCCCGGAGUACUUGAAGGAGGCGAGGUGCGAGCCAACAUCUUGGCUUACCACAGCGGGCAGACGAAGCGAGUCUGCCGGAGCACGUUGGCAGCCGAGGCCAGCCACCUGGCGGAGGCUGUGGAGACCGGCGACUGGGUCACCGUUUUGCUGGAGGAAGCUUUGGUUGGUGAUUUGGAUUUGAAGAACUGGCCAAAGAUUCUGGAGCGACGGGACAGGAUAUAUGUAACCGACGCCCGGUCGGUCUUCGACUACCUGCAGAAAGACUCAACGUCGACUUCUUCGGACAAGAGGAUGGCUAUCGAAGGGGCUUUGCUGCGGGAGACAGUGAGGAAGCCACGAGCCCACGUCCGGUGGAUAGACGGCAUGCAGAACAUCGCGGACGUGCUCACGAAGGCCCAGGCGGAUAAGUCUAUCCUCAGGCAGUUCAUGAGGGACGGGCUUUUGUGCCUAACCCAGACUGAGGAGAAUUUUCAGUUGAAGGAGAAGAAGAGGCUAGAACGCCAGGGCAGAAAGCACGCCAAGCAAAUGGAACUUGGCAAGGAGGCCCGGCAGAAAGAGAGACGGCAAGCUGCAGCAGUGGAAGCUCGAGUUCUAUUGGACACAGACGAGCUGGACUGA